AUGUCUACCCCCCAGGAGACGACCCGUCCUAUUCGUAACAUAUGUUGCGUCGGCGCUGGCUAUGUCGGCGGCCCGACAGCUGCUGUCAUGGCUUACCAAAACCCAGACCUCUGCGUCACUGUGGUGGACAAAAAUGAACAGAGAAUCCGUCGCUGGAACUCAGAACACUUACCCAUUUACGAGCCAGGCUUGGCGGACAUUGUUCGCAUCGCUCGUGAUGGGUCUAGGAAGUGUUACUUCGACAAUGAACCAGCCAGUACCAAUAUGGGCACAUGGAAAUCUCACGGCUUCUGUACCCCUGAUCAUGUGUAUUAUAACACAAAGGUGACCGUGCCCUCUAGAAAGCCGAACUUGUUCUUUUCGACUCAGGUAGCACGAGUUAUUGGCGAGGCGGAUAUAAUUCUCAUCGCAGUUAACACACCAACGAAGUCAAAAGGGGCUGGAGCGGGAAGCGCCACCGACAUGACAGCUUUUGAGGCUGUCACCAGCGAGGUUGCCCGGCAUGCCAGGCCAGGAACCAUCAUUGUGGAAAAAUCAACCGUCCCUUGUAGAACAGCGGAGCUUGUCCGGAAGACUAUGGCGGUCCACCGCCCCGGGGUUCACUUUGAGAUACUUUCAAACCCGGAAUUUCUAGCAGCAGGCACAGCCAUGAAUGAUCUUACAUAUCCCGACCGCAUACUGAUCGGGUCUUCGUCAACACCAUCUGGCUACCAAGCCGCGGAGUCUCUAGCAAAGGUCUACGCGGCAUGGGUCCCGCGGCCUCGUAUCAUCACUACUAAUGUCUACUCGUCUGAGCUGGCAAAGCUUGUAGCGAACUCGAUGCUAGCGCAGCGUAUAAGCAGCAUCAACUCGAUCUCUGCGAUCUGCGAGAAGACGGGAGCAGACGUUGAUGAGAUAGCAGCGUCUAUUGGCCGUGACCCCCGCAUUGGCGAUAAGUUCCUUAAAGCAGGAAUUGGUUUCGGCGGGAGCUGCUUCAAGAAGGAUAUUCUUAGCCUGGUAUAUUUGGCCGAAUCCCUUGGCUUAGAUGAAGUGGGCGAAUACUGGAGACAGGUGGUAAAGAUGAACGAGUACCAACGCGACCGCUUUGCUAAGCGCGUGAUUCAAUGCCUCAAUAACACUCUAGUUGGAAAGAAGAUUACCCUGCUUGGCUACGCGUUUAAGGCCAAUACCUCCGACACGAGAGAAUCACCCGCACUCGAAAUCAUCAAGACGCUCCUUGAGGAGGGCCCUAAGGAGAUUGCAGUGUUUGAUCCCUGCUGCAACCCGGUGGUCGUCAAAGCCGAGAUCAAGGAGCUUAUCAAAGGCCAGCCUGCUCUCAGAGAAGACGGAGGACCGAUUGAGAUUUAUUCGAGCGCCUACAAUGCCUGCGAAGGCAGCCAUGCCGUCCUAAUAACAACCGAGUUUGACGAGUUUCGAAGCACUCCAGUCAAGACAGACAAGCCUAACGCUGCUUCAGAACCUUUGAAGCACGUUGAUCCCCGACCAUUCGCUUUUAAGGUUACGGAGUCAGAUAUAUUAUCACUCCACAAGUACUUCCUACGUGCCGCACCCGCAGGGACGUACCCUGGUAAUGAUCCUUUGAAGCGAUAUAGACCAGAGCCAGCGUGUGAGAGCGACUGUCCCGACUGUGGCCUGAUCAAGACAAGCGGCUAUUCCACAGCGGGAAACUCGAGCGAGGAUAGGCCUAAAGAGAAGCUAGACUGGAGAAAAAUCUCUUUCGCCAUGAGAAAGCCGAAAUGGUUAUUCGACGGCAAGGGCAUUAUGGAUGCAAACGAGCUUACCAAGUUAGGCAUUCGUGUAGAGAGUGUUGGGCGUCAGUGA